GUCAAGUGCCACAUCAAGGAACUCAAAGAAUUCGGGGAAGGAGUUCACAUGUACUUCCUGUUGCUCCAACACAUCGCGGUGCUGUUCGUGGUCCUGGCGUUUGUUCCCGGGGCGGUGCUGGUGAUUUUUAACGCUCUCGGCGGUUGGUACGACACGGCUGACCUGGAGCGAACCAUGUUGGGCAAUUUUGGGCUGCUGACGCAUAAUGGAGCUGGCAGCGCACUCAACCUCACCACCUCGGGAAUCUCGUCGAGAAGUGUAUCCCAGGAGGGCUCCGUGACUGCGCUGUUCGCCUCCACCUGGUACCAGCCAGCCGCCAAGGUGGCCGGAAUGAACAAGAGGUCACUGCUGGUGGCCAUGUCGGCAUUGGACCUCGUCGGGGUGGUGGCGUUCUUCGGGUUCGCCAUGUUCAUGAUCUAUCGCGUACGACGCACCGCACACGCCAGUGACGCCUCCGCCGCCACCCUCAAGGACUACUCGGUGCGGGUGGAGGGGCUGCCGCCGGACACGUCAGCAGCCGCCUUGAAGGACUACUUGACCAAGGCGGCAGGGGAGGGCGUGGAGGUGGCUGAGAUGGAGCUGUGUCGGUGUGUUGACAACCUGGUGGCGCUGGUGGUGGAGAGGGGCAAGCUGGUGGAGCAACAUGAGCUCACAUUGGCGAAAGUGCAGAGGACGGCCGAGGUGGUGACGGCCUUCGUAACGCUUUCCUCGCACGAGGGCCGCCAGCGGGUGCUGCGGGCCCUGCCCAGGAGCCUGAUGAAGCAAUGGAGGAUGAAGCCGGAGAGGAAGUUCAAUAACGGGGGAAUAGGAAUGUCCCGGAUAAGGCCCGUGGCGCUGAAUGUAAGUCCCGCUCCGGAACCUUCCGACAUCAAGUACGAGAAUCUAGAAUAUAGCCGCGGGGAGCGGAUAGUCAGGUCCAUUGCCACGAAUACAGCCAAGUACCUGGUGCUGCUGGUCGGCUUCCUGCUGGUCAGCUUGGCCCCCGCACUGCGGAUGGGCAUUGCGGCCAAGGGCUCCGGACCCCCGCGUAGCCAGUGCACAGCGGCGUGCUCCUACACGGACGGCACCGGGAACUAUGUGCUCAGCAACGCCAACCGGGAGCUGUACAAGCAGUGUGACCCGGUAUCCGGUACCGGUGCGCUGCACAAUAAGUUGGAUUGUCAGCACCUGUACGUCAUAUAUGUCGUAAUGGUGUACUCAUCCGGCAUUCCGUUGCUGUACAUCCUGGCCGCCGUACAUUUCUCCACGUGUUACUGGUCGGAGAAGUACGAGCUGCUGCGGCUGUGCAAGCGUCCCCUCACGUACAGUCGCGACCUGGCCUUCUACUUCAGCUCCUCUCUGCCCUUCGCGGCGCUGUGGCACCUGGCCUUCGGCAUCUGGUUCUUUGGCCUGUACGGCAUGCCCAAGUCGCCGCUCAUCGCCAAGACUUUCCGACGGAGCCUGGAAUCCAGCGUCAAGGUGUUCAAGGUACUGGGCCUUAUGCCGGUCGCAUCCUCCCUGUCACCCCAGCUGGUAGCCUGGCGCUUCACCCAGGCCAACACCGCCCCCUUGUUCCUGGCCUUCAUCGCUUGCGGCGGAGUGCUCUUUGUAUUUCUCACGACCUCAACGUGGAUUGAGUUGAUGCGCAGCCUCGCUAAGCAGCUGGGGCUGCUGAGCGACAUGGCUGGAGAAGGGCCGGAGGGGGCGGCGAUGACGGCGGUCCCGGAAUUCAGCACGGCAGUUCGUAGCCAGCUACUUAUAGGGCCGGCAACCUACGAAAUCGAGCAGAACCCCGCUUACAGGCACGCGUUUGCGGCGAUGGAGGAUCUGCAGUGGGUCUCGAAUAAGCCACCGCCGCUAACGACGACUAAAAGCGGCCGGCAGCGGAGGCGGACUGCGGCUGACAAGCUGCGGGCCAAACAGAGGGCCGCUUUGGCAGUAGCGGCCGGCACCGCCUUUCCAGGCCCGCUGCAUGCAAACAAGGUGGUUACGGAGCUGCCGCCUCAUUCGCAGUUGCCAGUGGCUGGGGCGGCGCCGCCGCAGCGCUCUAGCGGCUCUCAGGUAGCAACCAAGCAGCAGGCGGAGCUGGGGAUGGACCUGCAGCCAGCUGCAGCAGCAGCAGAGGGAUGGCCGGAGCAGAAACCGCCGUAG